AUAUCUGGUCUUUUUGCUUAUUGUAGAGCUUAUAGGCAUUUGCUUUUGAUAUUGUUAAGAUUGGAAUAUUUGGUUCUUAUUUUGUUUUUAAUGUUUUUUGUUUUUUUUACAGGGUUAGGAUCUGGUUAUUAUUUUAUUUUGGUCUUUUUGUCUUUUUCUGUUUGUGAGGGGGUUUUGGGUCUCUCUCUUUUGGUUAGUUUAAUUCGUUGUCAUGGUAACGAUAAUUUGAUAACCAUGUCCAUGUUAGUAUGAUAA